GUAAUAUAGUUUGCACGAUUACACCGCCUGGAUUCGCCGUUUAAAAAAUCUCUCAGUAGCAAAUCUCGAUCUCUCAUUAGCAUUUUCGUAUCUUUUUCUACCUCAUAAUCGACCUUCAGCUGGAUAUUAGGAGAGGAUCGCAUCAUGACGCGAAUUUCCGAGGUUUUUCCAUGGCACUAUCAGAUUCUCUUCAUGGUUCUCGAGCCAAGUGUGAUCUUCACGUCCCUUUUUUUGGUCCCAGCAUCACCCUCUAACCACUUUCACUCCCUCGCCCCGUCCGAUAGUGCAGGGCCUUUCUGGUCGCCCUCUCCUGUGCACAAGCCAUGCGACGCUGAAUCGGCCUGGAACACUCCGCAACUCCGCGGCCUCUGGUACGCAUAUAUCGCCGCUCUUGCCUUCAGUGGCGUCAUUGAGCCGAUGCUCCUGUACGUGGCUCGGUACAAACUGCGAGACAUUGGUGACGCGGAGGAGGUGAUAAAGACGGUUUUGUUUGCGUUUUUAGCGUUCGACAUUUUCCACGCAGGUGCGACGUUGGCUGUCACAGGUGUGGCGGCGGUACUUCCUGGACCACAUAGGCACAUAUACGCCAUGGUCAAUGUUUGGGUUCCGACCGCGUGGAUGCUUUUGCGGAUGUUGUGGGUAGUGGGUGUUGGGAGAAAGUUUGCUAUUACUGGGAUAAAGCGCGAGUAAGCGUUACUAAGAGCUUGCUUCUCUUAUUCCAUAGUAUAAGAGUACUAAAUAAUAAUACUUGGGUUAGGAUAGGGUUAGUAUUAA